ACAUCCAUGAGAUCAGAACUAAGCAGAGUUUGCAGAGAACGCAUCAGCAAAAGGAUAAAGGUAAAGGAAAGAGAUAUAAGGACAUUGCUUCAUCAUAUGCCGAAGAUGACAGUAGAAAACACAAACUGUACUUUAGAGCAAGAAUCUUUGACUUGGCCAGCUUACCUCUUAGGAGAAUAUCGAGACUUCAUGGUGUAUCCAUCAACAAUGCUAUGGAUUCUGAUAAUAUUAUAUUAUCCCCUUAUUGUUUCAUUUUCCGGGCUCUACAUAAGCAGUGCAUACUUUUUUAUUUGUCGUAUUGUGGGUAACUUCCAAGAAGAUACAAAUACCAAGCUAAAGGGGAAGCCAAGGCACAUAACCUCAGUUUUGUCAGAUAUAAUAGGAAAGAUACUGCAUGGUUAUGAAGUGUGUGGAAUAGAAAACUUACCUAAAGGAGCUGCUGUUCUUGUUUAUUAUCAUGGAGCCAUUCCAUUGGAUUAUUACUUCUUUGUACAUAGAGUUUAUAGAACUACGGGUAGAUUCUGCUCUUCAGUGGUGGAUCAUAUCAAUUUUCUUUUUCCAGGCUUCGCACGGUAUUUGUACAUAAAUCAAUGUUAUAACUGUACAAGAGAGAAAUGUGUGGCUCUUCUGAAAGAAGGGCAUUUACUGGGCAUUGCACCUGGUGGACUUCGAGAACAAAAUUAUGGGGACAAUACUUACAAGCUUCUGUGGGGAAAAAGAAAAGGAUUUGCUCAAGUAGCCAUAGAUGCAAAAGUGCCCAUCAUCCCUAUCUUUACUCAAAAUCUGAGAGAAGGCUACAGAACAUAUGGAAACAUAAGACCAAUGAGAUGGCUUUAUGAACAAACUCGAAUUUUAUUCUUUCCACUGUAUGGACUAAUCCCGGUCAAACUUCGAACCCAUAUUGGGCAGCCCAUUGCUUAUGAUCCAAACAUAACAGCUGAAGAACUAGCUGAAAAAACAAAAAUUGCAAUGGAAGCUUUACGAGACAAGCAUCAGAAAAUACCUGGAAGCAUCCUGAGAGCUCUCCGUGAACGCUUUGAGACGCAUCCCAAAAACGAAUAGUGUGAAUAAAGGAAUAUGCUGAUACAGUUUUUCUUAUAUUGUUCUCUCACAAAUA